AUGGCGGCGUGCGCCACCGGCGGUUUUCAGGGUGUCUCGAAUGCCAUUGUCGGCAAGCGCCUCUGCAUUAGAAAUGUAUCAUUUACUGUCAUCACGGCUGUUCUUGCAACUUUCGUGUCGCAAACGUUGCAGGUAACGGCAACGCCGGCGUUGGCCCCAGUGGAGGUGCCCGUAGGAAGCUUCCUGACCCUUACAAAGCAGGUGUCGACGCUUGGACCCUCGUCUAACGAUGUUGACGCCCUUAACGAGCUCUUCGACGCUGGCACUGAUGUGUUUAGGCUGAACUUCGCCCAUGGCUCUCGCAUAUCGAAGCUGCGUCUCGCGAGGAUUGUGAGGCAGCUGGAGCAAACGGAUGCGUCAGGUGCGCGCAGUCGCGAUGGAAGCACUAUUGUUCGUGCUAAGGCUCUGUUAGGUGAUGUGCAGGGGCCAAAGUUGCGCGUUGGCAGGUUCGUGCCGAACCCGGACGCCAAGGGUGUUAGUCCCAACAGUGCUAAAGCGGAGUUCGUCAACCUGAAGAAGGGCGAUCUGUUCACUUUCGACACUUCGGAUGCGAGGGGUGACUCGCGCCGCGUUCAGUUUGACUUCCCCGAGAUAUUGCGACAGCUGGAGGUGGGAAAUGUUAUUGCGCUGGACGACGGCAACAUCAACAUGCGUGUGGUCGGCGUGGACAGGCUGGGCCCCUCAGUACAGACAGAGGUGAUGAACGAUGGCGUGUUGUCGAGCCGUAAGGGUUUUUCGGUACCCAACGUGGCGCUGCCGGUUGACCUGUUCAGCGCGAAGGACGUGAAGGAUGCUGUAUUCUGCUAUGCAGCAGGCAUGGACUUCAUAGGCGUGAGUUUCGUGCAGAAGAAGCAGGACAUGCUGUAUCUGAAGAACAUAUUGCUCGAUUUCGCUGAGAGCCCGUUUUACCCGGCGCUGCGCGAGCGCAUGGACCGCAUAGAUGCAGCUACACUGGACGCUGACCAGGAGGACGCGGAGAUAGAAGCGAUUCUGGAGCAAUACUACACGGAGAGGUUUUUGCCCAACAAGCAGGCGAUGAUGACCGAGGUGCCUAAGAAGGAGGAAGUCGGUAUUGGCCUUAUCCCCAAGAUUGAGACCCAGCCUGCGUUGGACGACAUUACUGGCAUUUUGGAAGUCUCCGAUGGCCUCAUGGUCGCCCGUGGUGAUUUAGGCGUGGAAACUGAAAUCACCAACUUGCCCAUCAUCCAGAAGCGUCUGGUUCAACUUUGCCGCCUCGUGUACCGCAAGCCCGUCAUAGUUGCCACGCAGAUGUUGGAGAGCAUGCGCACCAACCCCAAGCCCACCCGCGCCGAAACUACGGAUUGCGCCAACGCCGUUUACGACGGAGCGGACGCAGUCAUGCUUUCUGCGGAGUCCGCGGCCGGACAGUACCCGACGCACUCGGUAUUGGUGCAGCGCACCCUCGUGUACAACGCCGAGAACGACCCCUACUUCCGUGCUAUGCAAAUCACCCGGGAGAUGUUGCUGAACGACCAACUGUUGGCCAACCUGAAAGGUGCCACUGCUAGCGACGUGGAGAGCAUCAACGCACUGGUGCAGCUGGACGUUAAGUUUGCGAAGGAAUGGAAUUCCAGGCACAGCGCCCUGCUUGCAGCCUGCGAGCAACUGUCCAACGAUAUUGUGACCAAAGGUGUGGAUGCGAUAUUCGUGCACGCCGAGGACCGUGGUGAGCUCCUGCAGUGGGUGUCAACCAAGCGUUACACCAUUCCCAUUAUCCUGAUAACCCGCAACGUGGAGCUUGCUCGUCGCCUGCAGCUGACCUGGGGUGUCAAGGCACACAUAUUGCCCAGUGGAGGCGACCCUUCCAAAUUCGCUCAAGAGCUAGCUCCCAUUUACGUGCAACCUAAACGGAAAGCUCUCAUGGUGGAAGCACACAGCAACGUAGUCGACUCGAGUGUGUCAUUCGAAGUGUAA